UUCGUCUUCAARKGGUUCUUCAYGGGAUUCGGCGCGCGAGUUCAAUAUAGAGGCAUUGGACCCGCUCACGUCUGAGGACUUUGCAUGGCUUCCUUUCCCGACCACAGGCUGUUUGCCGGGACCGCAAUGCGCAACACUUAGYGCUAAUCUUCACACUUACCUAUCCUUCUAUGCACCACCAACUUCGCCGACGGAUGACKAAGUCGYGGUGGGGGACAUCCUGGCGUAUAYUACCAAGGUGKCCCGCGAGUUUCGCACGCAGCGGGACGAUGACAACAACGCACCGCUCAUGUAUGUCCGCAUUCAGUAUGGGMAAACGUCCUGCAGCGCUUUGCUGGAUAGCGGCGCGUCUCACAACUUCAUGAGCCAGUCUUUUAUGCAAAGAGCUGGCCUUGGCGCACAAGUUCGGAGGAAGAAAAACCCGACGGCGAUCAAGUUGACGGAUGGAAAGACGCAACAACUUCUCGACCAGUACAUCGAGGCCAUACCGGUCUACUUCACACCUCAUGCAUGCGAACCGGUAACAUUCGAUAUUCUCGACACGGAUUUCGACAUCAUUCUGGGAAUGCCUUGGCUUGCAAGUGCGGAUCACACGGUCAACUUCCAUCGGCGGACUCUUAGCGUUGGCGACGCCUUCGGCGCGGAAGUGGCGUGUACUAUUUCUCUACCGCACUCUUCGAUCCGGUGCCAAGUGGUGACGGCCAAAUCAUUUCGGGCGACUUGCGCUUACGAGCAGCCCGAGGAGAUCGGCCUUUGUUUCCUACGGACCGUCGCGGUAGCCGACUCUUCACCCACAGACUUGUCUUCGGACCCCYGUAUGGUGCGGUYGCGGGACGAGUUCGCCGACAUCUUCGAGUCACCUACCRGUGUGGUGYCGGGUCGGCCGAUCUCUCACRAGAUCAUUCUUGAGGCCGGUGCCGUGCCGCCGAAAGGUUGCAUCUAUCGGAUGAGCGAGGAGGAGCUUGAGGUUCUCCGCGCACAACUCGAUGAUUUGUUGGCCAAGGGUUGGAUUCGUCCGACUAGCUCCCCAUAUGGAGCACCWGUUCUCUUCGUCAGGAAGAAGAAAAAGGAUCUACGAUUGUGUAUUGACUACCGCAAGCUCAACGCGCAAACCGUCAAGAAUGCGGGGCCUCUUCCUCGCAUUAACGAUCUUCUUGAGCGGCUGGGCGGCGCGAAGUAUUUUUCGAAGUUGGAUUUGAAAUCGGGAUAUCAUCAAAUCUCGAUCCAGCCGAACGAUCGCUACAAGACCGCGUUCAAGACACGGUACGGGCAUUUUGAGUGGGUGGUCAUGCCUUUUUGCCUCACCAACGCCCCGGCGACCUUUCAGGCAGCGAUGACCAAUGAGUUCCAUGCAAUGUUGGACCGGUUCGUGCUGGUCUACUUAGACGAUAUUCUCGUCUAYAGCCGGAGAUUGGAGGAUCAUCUUGGACAUCUUCGACGAGUGUUGGAGACGCUCCGCCGUGCCAAGUACAAGGCCAACCGCGACAAGUGCGAAUUUGUCCGGCAAGAGCUGGAAUACUUGGGCCAUUUUGUCACACCGGAGGGCAUCAGUCCGCUAUCGGACAAGAUUCAGGCCGUCCAGGAGUGGCCGGAGCCUCGGAACGUCACGGAUGUCCGUUCGUUCCUCGGUCUUACCGGCUACUAUCAACGCUUCAUCAAAGGCUACUCCAAGAUCGCGGCCCACUUGAACAAACUUCAGUGCGAGGAUUGGCCGUUUGACUUCGGAGAGGAGGCGCGAGGAUCAUUCUUCGCUCUCAAAGCUGCGCUAUUGUCUGCGGAGGUCUUGCGGAUAUACGACCCGCUCGCGCCUACACGCGUCACUACGGAUUCGUCAGGCUAUGGCAUUGGUGCAGUCCUCGAGCAACAUGAUGGUGUGGACUGGCACCCGGUCGAGUACUUCAGCAAGAAAGUGCCCCUUGUACAUUCCAUUGACGAUGCACGCAAGAAGGAACUCCUCAUCUUCGUCCACUCGCUCAAGCGCUGGCGGCACUUCCUCCUUGGUCGAAGCCAGUUUCGAUGGGUAACGGACAACAAUCUGUUGGUCUUCUACAAGACCCAAGACACCGUCAACAGCACCAUCGUUCGAUGGAUGGCUUUCAUUGACCAGUUCGACUUUUUUCCCAAACACAUGCCUGGGAAGUCGAAUCGUUUUGCGGAUGCUCUUUCACGGUGUCCGGAUCAUUGUACCGCAGUCUACUCGACCUUCGAGAUUGACGACGACCGGCAGAACAUCUUCAUCCGCGGCUACCAAGCCGACCCCGAGUUUCGCGACAAGUACGCGAAUUGCUCCUCUCCUAAUGUGGCUCCUUCUCACUACCGGAUCCAAGAGGGGUACUUGCUUGUCUACACGAGGGGGAAGGACCUUCUUUUCGUACCGAGUGAUCCUCACUUGCAUACACGGCUUCUUGGUGAGUUCCACGAUGCUCCCGCCACUGGACAUUUUGAAGUCAAUCGCACGAUUGGCCGACUUCGCCAGCGAUUUUGGUGGCCCGGCCUUCUUGGCGACGUCACGCGCUAUUGCGAGUCAUGCGAGGUUUGCCGACGCUGCAAAUCCCGCAACCAUCGUCCGUACGGCGAGUUACGACCAUUGCAAGUCCCGUUGAGGCGAAGGGAAGCGAUUGCCAUGGACAUUAUUGGCCCGUUCCCCAAGCACAAGACCGGAGUGGAUGGGAUUCUCACGGCGGUCAACCGACUCACCAAGUUCGCCAUGUUUUUGCCUUGUCGCUAUCAUGCCAAGGCACCGGAGGUGGCCGGGGUUCUAUACGCCGGUUGGAUUCGCACCAAGGGUUACCUCAAGGAGAUCGUCUGUGACCGCGACACUCAGUUCACGUUCGAUUUAUGGUUGGCGCUUAUCAAGCGAUGGGGCUCAUCUCUCAAGCCCAGUUCAGCUCGCCACUCUCAGACCGAUGGCCAGACGGAGAGGGCGCAUCAGACCGCACAGGUUUUCCUUCGCACUCUCAUCCGCCCCGACCAGAAAGACUGGGUUGAGCGACUGCCGGAUGUUGAGUUGGUAUAACUCUUCCAUCCACCCGGUUAUUGGGAUAUCGCCCUUUGAUUUCGAGCAUGGCUCGCCGCUCACGUC